GUUCUAAACGUCCCUGCCAUCUGGUUCAGAUGGAGUCCUCAGGCAACCCAGAGAGCACCACCUUUUUUUACUAUGACCUUCAGAGCCAGCUAUGUGAGAACCAGGCCUGGGUUUUUGCUACCCUCGCCACCACCGUCCUGUACUGCCUGGUGUUUCUCCUCAGCCUAGUGGGCAACAGCCUAGUGCUGUGGGUCCUGGUGAAGUAUGAGAGCCUGGAGUCCCUCACCAACAUCUUCAUCCUCAAUCUGUGCCUCUCAGACCUGGUGUUCGCCUGCUUGUUGCCUGUGUGGAUCUCCCCAUACCACUGGGGCUGGGUGCUGGGAGACUUCCUCUGCAAGCUCCUCAAUAUGAUCUUCUCCAUCAGCCUCUACAGCAGCAUCUUCUUCCUGACCAUCAUGACCAUCCACCGCUACCUGUCGGUAGUGAGCCCCCUCUCCACCCUACGCGUCCCCACCCUCCGCUGCCGGGUGCUGGUGACCAUGGCUGUGUGGGUAGCCAGCAUCCUGUCCUCCAUCCUCGACACCAUCUUCCACAAGGUGCUUUCUUCAGGCUGUGAUUAUUCCGAACUCACGUGGUACCUCACUUCGGUCUACCAGCACAACCUCUUCUUCCUGCUCUCGCUGGGGAUUAUCCUGUUCUGCUACGUGGAAAUCCUCAGGACCCUGUUCCGCUCACGCUCCAAGCGGCGCCACCGCACAGUCAAGCUCAUCUUCGCCAUCGUGGUGGCCUACUUCCUCAGCUGGGGUCCCUACAACUUCACCCUGUUUCUGCAGACGCUGUUUCGGACCCAAAUCAUCCGGAGCUGCGAGGCCAAACAGCAGCUAGAAUACGCCCUGCUCAUCUGCCGCAACCUCGCCUUCUCCCACUGCUGCUUUAACCCGGUGCUCUAUGUCUUCGUGGGGGUCAAGUUCCGCACACACCUGAAACAUGUCCUCCGGCAGUUCUGGUUCUGCCGGCUGCAAGCACCCAGCCCAGCCCCGAUCCCCCAAUCCCCUGGUGCCUUCGCCUAUGAGGGCACCUCCUUCUACUGAAGGGCCUGUGGUGGUGCAGGUGCAGGUGGACAGGGGACUGGAAUGGGGGUCAUGGAGAAGCGGGCCUGGAAGGAGCAUCACAGAACACAGCAGAGUGGAGACGUCACCUCCGCUGCAGGCGUGCAGUGAAGGUGAUUCAUUACACCAGUGGGUCCCGCCAGCCUCUCAUCUGCGGGAAAGUGGCUUCCUACCUGGGAAUUUUAUACUGCCAUCCAAAAAAACAUUUCUUGAACUCUGA